UAAUCUUUAUAUCCCGCCGCUACGCAAAAUUAUAUAUAAAAGUGGAAAUAUCACAAUCAAAAUAAAUGAUAGAGGCGUUAAUUUAUAAUUAUGGCAGAGUUAUACGGUUAUAAAAGGUAUGAAAAAUCGUUAGGAUUACUCACGACCCGUUUUGUCUCGUUAUUACAAAAAGCAAAUAAUGGAGUUUUGGAUUUAAAAAUCGCCACUGAUUUAUUAGCAGUUCGACAAAAGAGAAGGAUAUACGACAUAACGAACGUAUUAGAAGGCAUAGGUUUAAUAGAAAAACGAAGUAAAAAUAGUAUACAGUGGAAGGGUGCUGGUCCUGAUGGUAAUACAACUGAAGUUGGCAAGAAAGUAAAUGUUUUAAGAAAACAAAUAAAUCUUUUGGAGCAGCAUGAAGAAUUGUUAGAUAAGCAAAUGCAUUGGAUAGAACAAAGUAUUAAAAAUGUAUUAGAUGAUCCUGACAAUGAAGCAAUGACCUAUGUGACUGAAAAAGACAUUAAAAAUUGUUUUGAUGAUAAUCAAAUUUUAGUUUUGGAAGCACCAUUAGGCGCAGAUUUAUCAGUGGGACGUAUUCCCCAUAAACUAAACAAAAAAGGAGAAGAGAAAGAACAAAAGUUUUUUCUACACGUGAAAUCAAGUGAAGCUGUUGGGGUUAUAUUAUUGUGUGACAUGGAGAAGGAAGAGGUUUUAGAUGAAGAUAGUAUGGAUGUUGAAGUCGAAAAAUACACGGAUCAAGGAGAAAAUUUAUUGCAAGAUUGUAAUUACCUAUUGAGAUUAAGCCCACCAGUAACAAAGCAAGACUUCUCUUUUUCUUUACAUGGUACAGAAGGUUUAUGUGACUUAUUUGAUAUUCCAUGUUGAGACAUUGUUUUUUUCUUUUCUUUAUUUGACAUUUUUAUUUUUAUUGAAAGAUAAGUUUACAUUACUUUAUAUGACCAUGUAUUAAAUGAAAUCUAAGUUGAAACUGUAUAUAAAUCAUGUAAAUAACAAUCAAAGUUUAUACAGUUUAAAAGUUUAUUAAAAAAUA